CCCUGCAAUCGAGUCCAUCUGAUAACAACUCUAAAACAGAGAAACCCUAAUAUACUCUUCUCCUCACUCUUCAAACCCUAAUUCAGCAUCACCCCUCCAGCCUCCGUCUUCCAUAGUCGCUCUAGCUGUGCUGAGCUGAGCUCUCAGAUCUCCGAAAAUGCCGUUCAAAAGAUACGUGGAGAUAGGAAGGGUCGCUCUCGUCAACUACGGGAAGGAAUAUGGGAAGCUCGUUGUCAUUGUCGAUGUCCUCGAUCAAAACAGGGCUCUUGUAGAUGCCCCUGAUAUGGUGCGUACCCAAAUGAAUUUCAAGAGGCUUUCACUCACCGAUAUCACGAUUGACAUUAAAAGGGUUCCAAAGAAGAAGACUCUGGUUGCAGCCAUGGAUGCUGCUGAUGUCAAGAACAAAUGGGAGAACAGUUCUUGGGGCAGGAAGCUUAUUGUGCAGAAGAGAAGGGCUUCUCUUAAUGAUUUUGAUAGGUUCAAACUAAUGCUUGCAAAAAUCAAGAAAGCUGGAGUUGUCAGGCAGGAACUUGCAAAGCUUAAGAAGCAGAGCACAGCCUAAUAUCUAUUCCCUUCUUCUCUGGAGAUUGUGUCGUAGGUUUUUGCCAGCUGUGUUGGCAUCUGCAUUUCAGGUUUAUUUUUGUUAGUUUAUGGAUUAAUCACAGGAAGAGAGACCCCCGGCAGUUUUUUUUUUUUUGUUUUUAUUAAUAUUGUCAAACUCCAUUUGAAAUUAUUAGUGUUAUUUUGAGACCUUGUCUAAUUUGUGAUCUUUGACUCACCA